CACCUCUUUCUCCACACUCCCACAGACUCUUACACCUACGCACAUUCACACCUCUCUCUCUCUAUCUCUCGUCUAGUCUCUAUAAUUUUAUGGCCAAAGGAGGUGGACUCCCCAUUGAUUCAGAUCCAAUUGCCUACUUGUCUCUUCACAAACCCAUAGUCCUCAACUCCUUCCAACAUCACUGCCCUAAUAAUUCUACUUCUGCUUCUUCCACCCACCACCGCCUCUCUGCCUCUUCUCCAAUGGAUCACCACCACCACAACCACCCCAGGUCACCACCACAGCCUCCUCCUCCUCCUCCCUCCCCUCAGCCCCAGACCCUACAAUUCUCAGUCAACCUCAACUGCACCGACGACAACGAAAACGACAACAACAACCACCUCAACUCGCCGCCGCAGUCAGACGACAACCAGCGCAAGGUCGUCGACGAGCGCGACUUCUUCGCCGAUAACAACAACAACAACAAGGCCGAGGAAGCUUCCACUGACAAAAUGGACUUCGACGACGGCCCUUCCGGCAUGGAUUUCAACGUUAACACUGGGUUGAAUCUUCUCAUAACAAAUACUAGCAGUGACCAGUCGGUUGUGGAUGAUGGCAUUUCGUCGAGCAUGGAGGAUAAAAGAGCUAAAAGUGAGCUGGCUGUUCUUCAAGCUGAGCUGGAGAGGAUGAACGCGGAGAAUCAAAGGUUAAGAGGGAUGCUUAAUCAGGUCACUACUAAUUACAAUGCUCUACAAGUGCAUUUGCUGAGUUUGAUGCAAAACCCGAAGGGUGAGAGCAUUGCAGAAGUGGAAGAGAAGAAGCUUAGUACUGGCAAUGGACCGCCUAUAGUUGUUCCGAGGCAGUUUAUGGAUCUUGGACUGGCUGCAGCAAAUGGGGAUGCCGAAGAGCCGUCGCAGUCUUCUUCGGAUGAGAGGAGCCGGGAGCAGCGGUCUGGUUCAGGAGACAAUGGGAAGAUUGGUGCUGGACAUGUUGGUGAUGAGGGGCAUGUGUUUGAUCAGGAGAAGAAGAAGUUUGGUAGGGGGGUUAGUGGGAGAGAGGAGAGUCCUGAUCAACAAACGCAGAAUUGGGGACCUAACAAAGUUCCAAGGAUUAAUUCUCCAAAGGAGGUUGAUCAAGCUGAGGCUACAAUGAGGAAGGCUCGUGUUUCUGUUAGAGCUCGAUCGGAGGCCCCCAUGAUCACUGAUGGAUGUCAAUGGCGCAAGUAUGGGCAAAAGAUGGCGAAAGGUAACCCAUGUCCUCGAGCUUAUUACAGAUGCACCAUGGCUGCUGGUUGCCCAGUUAGAAAACAAGUACAAAGAUGUGCUGAAGAUAGGACGAUCCUGAUCACAACAUAUGAAGGCAAUCACAACCACCCGUUGCCGCCAGCCGCCAUGGCAAUGGCAUCGACCACAUCAUCUGCAGCUCGAAUGCUACUCUCCGGGUCUAUGACAAGCGCUGAUGGCCUAAUGGAUUCAAACUUGCUCACAAGAACCAUUCUCCCAUGCUCCUCAAGCAUGGCCACUAUCUCAGCGUCAGCUCCAUUUCCAACUGUUACAUUGGACUUAACACAGUCCCCCAACCCUUUACAGUUCCCAAGGCAACCAGGACAAUUCAACAUUCCAUUCCCAAACCAGCCCCAGAACAUAACCAACGGACCAGCUGCUGCCUCAUUGCUGCCCCAAAUCUUCGGUCAGGUGCUCUACAACCAGUCAAAGUUCUCUGGCCUUCAAAUGUCACAGGACAUGGACCGUAAUGCUCAACCAGAACAAGGUCAGCAAGGACAGCAGCCGAACUCAUUGGCCGAUACUGUCACUGCUGCCACAGCCGCUAUCGCAGCUGAUCCGGGCUUCACUGCAGCUCUAGCAGCAGCCAUCACCUCCAUCAUUGGCAAUGCUCAUCCAAACAGCAAUGGUAACAAUUCAACCACCAACAACACAAGCAACACCAAUGGGAAGGAAACAACAGCAGCAAAUUGCAACAAUAAGAGUAUUGGCAAAUCCAGUUUUCCAGGGAACUGAAGAAAGCCACUUUUCUUUGUUCCUUUUAGGUUUUUUCUUUCUCUUUUAUUUGGAGAUGGAAAGAAAGUGAAAAAUAUACAUGUUCUUUUUUCUUUGGGGAUUUGGAGGGGAUACAAGUUGAAACAUAGGUUCCUUAUAUUCUUUUGUUAUUUGAAUAAUGUCCAAACUAUAUGUCAUCAAGGAAAAAAACAAAGGAAGAGCUAAGAAUGCAAAUUGGUUUACCAAUUGUUGUUUGUAUGCGGAAAUAGUGGGGUUGGAGUUUUUUUGGCAGCCAUUAUUAGUUUAUGUCAAGGUUCUAUGUUUUCCUUUGUACCAAAAAAAAGGUUCUAUGUUUUCCUAAAGAGCAAACAAAAGCCAUUAGAUGGGAAAGGAACAAAGGAAAAUAUGAAUUUAGGAAAAGAACAAGAGGGAAUUAGGGUUUAUAUGUUUUCCUGCUUGGAGUUAUAUAAGUGGCGGUCAACAAAAACGUCUGGGAGUGACCCCCCAAAGGAGAAUACGAGAUAUGUGGAUUAGUUUGACACGUUAAGAAGAAAGAAAGAAAGAGACUUUGGCUGGUCACAUUUUUUCUUCUGAUUUCUUUUCAUGUCAUCAUGUUUGAAAUUAUCAUUUUCCUUUUUUGCUGCAAUCGAAUUUUUUUUUCCUUUUUUUUUUUUCCAUUUUAAAGCAGUCCGAGUGUGUCUUUAGCUUCACAUAUUUGGCGUCCUAUUUUGGUAGUCAUAUCCUUUUGCAUGAUGCAGUACUUAUGGCUUUGAUAAUUGAUAUGAAUGGUUGGAUUGUGAAAGGGGUUUUGAGUUCAGAGCUGAUGUGAUAGUGAGAGAUGGACAUUGGCAGGAGUG